UUUCAAACUUGGCGGUACAUUAUACUGGUAUUAGUUAGCUUAUAUUUUGUGUAUAUGUUGGAGAUUGUAUGAAGAUGUUUUAUUCUCAAAUUGUACGAAGCAUGUCAACAACAGUCAGAAUGCCCCAGAUCAAGAAGCUGGUUGUGAUUGGGGGUGGUCAGAUGGGUGCAGGGAUAGCCCAAAUUUCUGCAGCAACCGGACAUAAUGUCAUAAUAUGUGAUGUUAAUGAUGAUGAACUCAAGAAAUCAAAAGCAACAAUAGAAAAAAGUCUUCAACGAGUUGUCAUGAAGAAAUAUGCUGAUGAUGCAGAGAAAGGAAAGGCUUUUAUUUCAGAAACAAUGUCAAGAAUACAAACUUCUACAGACACAAAAUCUUCUGUGAAAGAUGUUGACCUUGUCCUGGAAGCCAUUGUAGAAAAUUUAGAAAUUAAACGGGAUCUCUUUAAAGAUUUGGACGCUGUCGCACCUCAACACACAAUAUUUGCGUCAAACACAUCAUCACUGCCUAUAAGGGAGAUAGCUUCAAGCACCAGUAGACAGGAUCGUUUCGGUGGUGUUCACUUCUUCAAUCCUGUGCCUAUGAUGAAGCUUGUUGAAGUAAUAAAAGCACCAAACACUAGUCAGGAAACUUUUGAUUCACUAUAUGCCUGGGGACAAGCGCUUGGAAAGACUGUCGUAUCAUGCAAAGACACACCAGGAUUAGUAAACAGAUUGCUUGUUCCUUAUCUACUUGAAGCAGUGAGGCUAUAUGAAAGGGGAGAUGGUUCUAUGGAAGACAUUGAUACAGCUAUGAAAUUGGGUGCUGGAUACCCAAUGGGACCUUUUCAACUUCUAGAUUAUGUAGGACUAGAUACCUCAAAAUUUAUUAUAGCAGGCUGGCAUGAAGGAGAUCCCAACAACCCACUUUUUAAUCCCAGUCCCCUUCUUGAUCGAUUGGUGGCUGAAGGUAAACUGGGAGUAAAAACAGGAGAAGGCUUUUACAAAUAUGGUAAAAGUGAACUUGAUUUUUCUUAAAAUGUUACUGACCAUAUGUGGUAUGCUGAUAUUCUCAGGUACAACAUCGUGUUAUCGAUAAAAAUUUCAAGCUACAAAUUUAAGAUUAUUAUUUAAAGUGCUGAUUUUUUAAUUAUAAUAUCCAUCACAAUCAGAUUGAAAUAAUACAAAUUCUGCUUUUGUGUGCCCCUG